GCGCCUGAGGUGCCGGGGGUGGGGCGAGGCACGCGCCGCCGCCAGGGGGCUUGAGGCGGGCGGGCCGCGGGGAGGAUGCUGAGCCGCUUGCAGGAGCUGCGGAAGGAGGAGGAGACGCUGCUCCGGGUGAAGGCGGCGCUGCACGAUCAGCUCAACCGGCUCAAGGUGGAAGAGCUGGCCCUUCAAUCUAUGAUUAGCUCCAGAGAGAAGAAUGUAAUGGUCUCUCCACCAAGUAUCACAGAGGAGGCUCAAAAAACCCUUGGGCAGAUGGACAAUGAGGCUGCUAUCAAUCAAACUGAAUUACAGCUAAGUAUUCAAGACCAUGAAGAGGAGGAGGAGGAUGAAUCUGACUCCUGAAGGGGGGAAAAAAUGGGAGACGGCUGGUGUUAUUUAUCCUUGACUCAGGAAAUUCCCCUUUGUUCAAGCAGAACUUCCCAUCAGAUUCUACUUGGUGCUGUACACAGAUAUGAACUAUACAAAUGAAUGAAAGUUACUUUUGGAGGGUUCCAGUGAGGUUAGACUGGUGGCACAGAUGACACAAGCUUGUCAGAAUCUUUUUUUGGAUGUUAAAAGAAUGAAAAGUUGUUGCACAAAUAUGUAGCAUGAUCCCUUUUACAUUUAAAGCCUAAAAUGUAGUUUACUACUUGUUUGUUUAUAGGUGGGAAAAGUUAAUGUAGUUAACUAAACUAAUUUAGUGCACUAAAAGCAAUAACUAUUCCAACUGUAAUUCCACAAAAGUGGAGAUUAGGAAAUUGUGGUGAUCUAGGUAAUGAAAAAUGAUGGCCCUUCCAGAAUUCAUGUAAUAUUAUACUAAGUUAGUGUUACACUUAUCAGCAGACAAAGCAUUUCCUCUCUUGAUGACUUGCAGAUACUAAAUCACUGCAGCUGAUUCUUGUAUCAUUCCUUAAAUAGAUGUUAGAACACACAGAAAACCAAACUUGUGUUAUGCUGCUAAAAAUAGAAAAUAAAAGUAAUAUCUUAACUGAGACACCCUUGUCAACCUCUCAUGCUAAGAAAAUGUUUAUACACUAGAUUUUAAAAAUCUGAUUUAUAAAAUGUGUGUAAAGCAUUCCAGUGUUGAUUAGGAUUAAGCUUUAAAGCUCCUGUUGAUGUCUCCCAUAGCAAUAUUAUAGCCCUGCACAAAAACUUAGUAGAAAACCAAAUAAGUGUCAUUUUACUUAUUUAACAAAGGGGGAGGGGGAAGUUUGCAGUAUGUUCAGUGUCCUAGGUGUGGUUAUAAAACAUGAGCCAACUCCUAGACAGCUCCUGCCCCUGGUUGUAGGAAAAUAUUUGAGGAAAGACUAUUGGCUCUUGGUUAAAGCUUAGCUUUGGUUUUUAGUUAUGGAAACUAAGUUUUAGAAUGUAUAACAUCAUCUUCUGUUGCUGAAGACCAGCCUGGCUCUGAGUGGGCUGGAUACUGUUGUAAUUGAAGUUUGUCUUGUAUAGGAGAAUGAUUUGCAGGCUUUUCCCCAAACUCAGAGUUGCGGGAGGCUAGGCAGAAUGUUUCUGGGCCGGAAUUGUCCCAAGUUUAGGUUAGGAUGUCAAAAUAAACAGAUUUUUUUGUGUGUGUGUGUGUAUACUUUUGCACACGUAGUUUGUAAGAAGAAAAGGAGUACUUGUGGCACCUUAGAGACUAACCAAUUUAUUUGAGCAUAAGCUUUCGUGAGCUACAGCUCACUCAUGAAAGCUCAUGCUCAAAUAAAUUGGUUAGUCUCUAAGGUGCCACAAGUACUCCUUUUCUUUUUGCGAAUACAGACUAACACGGCUGUUACUCUGAAACCUGUAGUUUGUAAGGGUUGUGGGACAUGACCUGUGUCAUUCCUUUUUGUAGCUGUGAGUAUAUUUGCUGGCACUUCAUCCUACUGUCCCCUUAUAUCUUGAGACAACAACAGCUUGUUGCCCUCUUUUCUCUUGCCUAAACUCAAGGCAAAAACACGUUCUGUAACAGUUAGCCUUAGGCCUCAUCUACUCUGGAAAAUUUUGGCAUGUUAUUGUUGACUGAGUGUCUACACACAUUUGCUACCAUUUUAAAGGCAUGCUUUAUACCAUGUAACCUUGCCGUGAUGAAGUCUAAAUAACACUCGUUCUUAGCCUAUGCUUGCUUUUAAAGUUGUAGUGCUAAUGUAGACAAACCCUGGCAGAUUAGCUUGCUUGCUACAAUUAGGCCUCCUGCCACUGUUCGACUGGAGCCAAAUGCACUUGACGUGGUUAACAUGUUGCUGGAUGUGUGGUAAGUGUUGGCAAAAUAGGAUUUACAUGUUCUGUGAGUUCUGGGCCACUACUACUGUACAUAUGGUAGUUUUCUACUGGAGACAAGACCUUGGCCUCAACAGCUUUUAAACUCCAUUUAAACAUAGUUUGUAGUGUGGGACCAAACAGUUUGGGUUUGAACCAGGUGAGUGGAUGGAUACAGCAUUAGCAGUACUGAUGGCUGAUCUGCUGUUGAUGGAUGGAGGCCGACUGCCAUCCUCCUUCUGCAGCAUUUGAUCCGGCUGAGCAUGAGAAACUGAGGUAGAUGGUAGGAGUCCUGGGUGGUAGAAUGGUUUGUCCUUUCUGAAAGCAUUGGCUCAAAGCCCUAGUGAUGGGAAAGCUGCUCCUUUGCCACCAGAUGCCUUACUUUGAGUAUCAUCCAAGGAUCAAUGCUUUGUACACUUCUGCUCAGUGUGUAUGUGGACUGUAUUGCCAACAAUAUUGCAACAGUAUUGCAAAUGAACACAGCUCUACCUUCUCUCUGCAAUGUACAGUGCCACUUUCAGCAAGUUAGUGAUUGGCUGAACAAAAGCUGGUUGAAGCUGAAUCCAGGCAAGACACAUGAUGCUGAUGUCAGAGAAAAGCACUGAGUUUACAGCCACUGUCCAGUCUCCUUUGGUUAUGGAUCUAGAUCCACAGUUGGUCCAGUCAGUUUGCAAUUUUAGGCGUGCUCUUGGAUUCCUUGCUGAUGCUAAGAUCUUACUUAGAAUGAGUUGCUUGCUGCCAUGCUCAGCUGUUUAAAGGUCUCCAUCUUCUUCUGGUGGUGGAUUAUCUGCCCUCAAUAUUAUAUGCAUUAGUCACCUCCUAGCUGGGCCACAAUCUACAUGGACAUGAAGCAAUCAGUCUGCAGGAAACUCCAGCUAUUACAAAAUACAGCAGUGCAGCUACUGUGAGCACAUCAAACUUGCCUGGGAUAGAAUGGGAUAGAACAGUAUUCAAAUCUAAAAUGAGUUUAACUGAUUCAACCAGUGUUGACUGGGCCCUAGUUGGACAGUACUGGAUGUAUUUGGUGUUCAUAGCUACAAUUAUCUGACCGAGUAAUAUCAAGAAUGGGAUCCAGUUUUAGUUUGGUUCUUCGCUUUUAAAAGCCCAUGGGAUUGAUACUCUUCCAAACCUCAGCCUAUGUCUAUAAGAGCUCAGUCAAAAGCUGUUGGUGCUUUUACCAUAAGCCUAGGUAGGCUUGGCAGGAUUCAAUUUUUAAAAUUUCAACAGAUGUUUAAGAAUUUUUCCUAUUUUUAUCUAUUUAAAUUUUCAGUUGAAGGAAAUUAUAAGGCAGGGGUUAGACAAUUAUUGAAUGACAAUAGACAUUGAGAUUCAAAAAGUUAAAGCUUUAUAACUAUUAAAACAAAUUGUGAACAUCACAUGUCAAAAUAUACAAAUUAAAUAUCCUUAAAUCAAA